AUGACGGACCUCUUAAGAAGUGUUGUCACAGUCAUUGAUGUUUUCUACAAAUAUACCAACCAAGAUGGGGAGUGUGGCACACUGAGCAAGGAUGAGCUAAAGGAACUUCUAGAGAAAGAGUUCCGUCCAAUUCUGAAGAACCCAGAUGAUCCAGACACAGUGGAUGUCAUCAUGCACAUGCUAGAUCGAGAUCAUGACCGAAGACUGGACUUUACUGAGUUUCUUCUGAUGGUAUUCAAGCUGGCUAUGGCCUGCAACAAGGUUCUCAGCAAAGAAUACUGCAAAGCUUCAGGGUCAAAGAAGCAUAGGCGUGGUCACCGACACCAUAAGGAAGAAAGUGAAACAGAAGAGGAUGAAGAAGAUGCACCAGAACAGAAAUCAGGUUACAGGCAUUCAAAUUGGAGGGAGGGAGAGGAGUAUGGUUAUGGUUCUGAGGGUUUGAGGCGAAGUGUGAAACACAGACAUGGGUCAAAUUCCAGGAAGCUGGGAAGGCAAGGUGGUUUAUCUAGCUCAGAGAACCAAGAGAAAUCUGAGAAAAGACACCGUGGGUCUGGUCACUCAUGGAAUAGUGACAAAGAAAGACAUGGUUCCAGCUCUGGAGACCUGGGGGAUAGAAGAAACAAGUCACAUGUUAGCCCCACCAGGGAAUCUGGGAAGGAAUAUGAAUCAGAAUCUGGAUCUGGGUCAAAGAGUGAGACGAGGAAAAGUCAUGGUGGUCUGUCACAUAGACUGGAUGCUGGUGGACAUGAAUCAAACUCUACUCAGUCAAGAAAUAGUGGAGGACAAAAGCUUGGGUCUAGCUCUAAAGGUUCAGAAAACAGUGGAAGACAAAGCUAUGGAUGUGGUUCCAGCAAUUCGGGUGGGUGUGGAAGUCCACAAAAUACUUCUAGUUCCUGUCAGGAAGGUAGAUUUGGAGGGCAAGGAAAUCAAUCUAGCUGCACUCAGUCAGGUUAUCAAACAGGAAGUAGUGGAAGACAAGAUCGUGGAUGUAUCUCGGGAGGUCAGUCCUCUGGAUGUGGUCAACAUGAAACAGGUUCAAGUCAGUCCUCUUGCUGUGACCAUUAUGGGUCUGGAACAAGUCAGUCUUCUAGUUAUGGUCAACAUGGAUCUGGUUCUUGUGGACACUUUUCAAACUCUCAUCAAAAAGGGUCUGGUUCAAAGGAAUUUUCUAAAUGUGGACAACAUGGAUCUGGCUCAUGUCAGUCCUCUGGCUUUGGACAUGGCUCUGGCUCAUGCCAGUCCUCUGGCUUUGAACAACAUGGGUCUGGCUCAUGUCAGACCUCUGGCUUUGGACAACAUGGGUCAGGAUCAGGUCAAUCCUCUGGUUUUGGACAACAUGGGUCAAGCUCAGGACAAUCCUCUGGCUUUGGUCAGCAUGGGUCUAGUUCAGGACCAUCCUCUGGCUUUGGCCACCAUGGAUCCAGCUCAGGUCAGUCCCCUGGCUUUGGUCAGUAUGGGUCUGGAUCAAGUCAGUCCUCCAGCUUUGGCCAACAUGGGUCUGGCUCAGGUCAAUCCUCUGGUUUUGGCCAACAUGGGUUUGGCUCAGGUCAAUCCUCUGGUUUUGGCCAGCAUGGAUCCAGCUCAGGUCAGUCCUCUGGCUUUGGUCAGUAUGGGUCUGGAUCAAGUCAGUCCUCCAGCUUUGGCCAACAUGGGUCUGGCUCAGGUCAAUCCUCUGGUUUUGGCCAACAUGGGUUUGGCUCAGGUCAAUCCUCUGGUUUUGGCCAACAGGGGUCUGGCUCAAGCCAAUCCUCUGGCUUUGGACAACAUGAGUCUGGCUCAGGUCAGUCCUCUGGUUUUGAACAAUAUGGGUCUGGCUCAGGUCAGUCCUCUGGUUUUGGACAAUAUGGCUCUGGUUCAGGCCAGUCCUCUGGCUUUGGCCAGCAUGGGUCUGGCUCAAGCCAGUCCUCUGGCUUUGGACAACAUGGGUCUGGCUCAGGUCAGUCCUCUAGUUUUGGACAACAUGGGUCUAGCUCAAGACAGUCCUCUGGCUUUGGCCAGCAUGGGUCUGGUUCAGGUCAGACCUCUGGCUAUGGACAACAUGGAUCCAGCUCACGUCAGUCUUCUGGCUUUGGCCAAUAUGGGUCUGGCUCAGGUCAUUCCUCUAGUUUUGGACAGCAUGGGUCUGGCUCAGGCCAAUCCUCUGGCUUUGGUCAACAUGGGUCUGGCUCAAGUCAGUCCUCUGCCUUUGAACAACAAGGGUCUGGUGCAGGUCCAUUUUCUAGCUCUGGACAACAUGGGUCUGGGACAGGUCAAUCCUCGGGCUCUGGACAUGGAUCUAGCUCACAUCAGUCCCCUAGCUUUGGGACUGGCUCAGGUCAUUCUUCUGGCUUUGGACAACAUGAGUCUAGAUCAGCACAAGUCAGUCUUCUACUUAUGAUCAACAUGGGUUUAGCUCAGGGGAAUCUUCUGGAUAUGAACAACAUGAAUCUAGGGUAA